CACCAAAUCGAAUCUUGCAGAAUUUCUCUUCUUUGAUUCGCCCGGAUCUGCAGCGAAGAACUUGUGUUUCGGGGGGGUCAACGAGUUUGAUUUUACUCCAAUCAUCUUUCAUUGCAUGAAUUGGAUGGGACUUUUCUCAAAACUUGUUGGCUCCAUCCUAUUUUUUCCACAAGAGAAUAUCCUUUUGAGACUCACUUCUCCGGCGGCAGCAUUCGGGCUCCAAUCAAUCGACAUUUACACCGGCCAAGACUGAUGAAUGUUUUAUACAGUGAACCUAGGAAUCUCUGUGUUCAUGCGUUAAAAGUAUAAAACCAGACCUACUCGAAACCUUAGCACCACCACCACCACCACCAACAACCCUCCUCUCUCACUCGAGCGCACUCUUUGCCACCCACAAUCAUGGGCUCACUGGAGCUCCAACCGCCACCCACCGCCACCACCAGCCUAUCCGAACUCGACCAUGCCAUCGAUGAGGACGACCUCUCGCCCAUCGAGGAGGUCCGCCUCACCGUGACCAACGUCGACGACCCGACCUUGCCUGUGUGGACCUUCCGCAUGUGGUUCUUGGGCCUCCUCUCCUGUGGCCUCCUCUCGUUCCUCAACCAGUUCUUCGCCUACCGGACCGAGCCCCUCAUCAUCACCCCGAUCACGGCGCUGGUCGCCACGCUCCCCAUCGGCCGCUUCAUGGCCGCGGUGCUGCCCGAGGCCAAGUUCCGGAUCCCGGGGCUGGGGUCCCGGCACUUCUCGCUCAACCCGGGCCCGUUCAACAUAAAGGAGCACGUGCUCAUCUCCAUAUUCGCCAAUGCUGGGAGUGCGUUCGGAUCCGGGUCGGCUUACGGUAUUGGGAUUGUGACCAUCAUCAAGGCGUUUUAUCGCCGGCGCAUUUCGUUCUUUGCCGGGUGGCUUCUCAUCAUCACGACGCAGGUGUUGGGAUACGGUUGGGCAGGGCUGUUGAGGAAAUAUGUGGUGGAACCAGCUCACAUGUGGUGGCCUGCUGCCCUCGUCCAAGUCUCCUUGUUCCGGGCUUUACAUGAGAGGGAUGAACAGCGCAUGUCGCGGGCAAAAUUCUUCCUCAUUGCGCUGAUCUGCAGCUUCUCAUGGUAUGUUGUCCCCGGAUACCUCUUUUCCACGCUCACAAAUAUAUCAUGGAUCUGCUGGGCAUUCUCCAACUCAAUCACCGCCCAGCAGAUUGGCUCGGGUAUGCGAGGCCUUGGACUUGGAGCCUUGACGCUCGACUGGGCAGCAGUGGCAUCCUUCCUGUUCAGCCCUCUAAUCUGCCCCUUUUUUGCCAUAGUCAAUGUUUUCGUGGGAUACACAUUAAUAAUCUAUGUUGUAAUCCCCAUAGCCUAUUGGGGGUUUAACGUGUAUAGUGCAAAUAGAUUUGCUAUUUUUUCCUCGCACUUGUUCACGGCGCAAGGUGAAAGAUACAAUAUAACGGCAAUCGUAAAUGACAAGUUCGAGUUGGACAUCCCAAAGUACGAGGAGCAAGGCCAAAUUCAUUUAAGCAUGUUUUUUGCUCUCUCCUACGGCUUUGGUUUUGCCACCAUUGCAUCAACACUAACUCAUGUGGCCUUCUUCUAUGGCAGAGAGAUCUACGAGCGCUAUCGUGCUUCUCACAAAGGGAAGGCAGAUAUCCAUACAAAAUUGAUGAGGCGAUACAAAGACAUACCCUCGUGGUGGUUUCCCUUGUUGCUCGUUGUAAGUCUGGUGGUAUCUCUUGCUCUAUGCAUCUUCCUGAAUGAUCAGGUCCAAAUGCCAUGGUGGGGGCUUCUCUUUGCUAGUGCUCUUGCAUUUGUGUUCACCCUUCCCAUUAGUAUCAUCACUGCCACAACAAAUCAGACACCGGGACUAAAUAUAAUCACAGAAUACAUAAUGGGCAUGAUAUUGCCAGGAAGACCUAUAGCAAAUGUUUGCUUUAAAACAUACGGAUACAUGAGCAUGGCUCAGGCUGUUUCCUUUCUCAAUGAUUUUAAGCUGGGACACUACAUGAAGAUACCUCCAAGAUCGAUGUUCUUAGUUCAGUUCAUAGGUACAAUUCUUUCUGGAACCAUCAACAUUGCAGUGGCAUGGUGGCUGCUGAACUCUGUAGCCAACAUAUGCCAAGAUGAUCUCCUUCCACCAGAUAGUCCGUGGACGUGUCCAGGUGAUCGGGUUUUCUUUGAUGCAUCUGUCAUAUGGGGAUUGGUUGGACCUAGACGGAUCUUCGGAACACUUGGAAACUAUCAAGCCAUGAACUGGUUUUUCCUUGGAGGUGCAAUAGGACCUAUUAUAGUAUGGCUCAUACACAAGGCAUUCCCCAAGCAAUCUUGGAUUCCUCUUAUAAAUCUUCCAGUUUUAUUAGGGGCGACAGCAAUGAUGCCAGCAGCUACACCAUUAAACUACAAUGCCUGGAUUCUAGUAGGAACAAUAUUCAAUUUCUUCAUCUUCCGGUACCGAAAGCAGUGGUGGCAGAGAUACAACUAUGUUCUCUCAGCAGCCCUGGAUGCAGGAGUGGCAUUCAUGGCCGUGCUUUUAUACUUUGUGGUUGGCAUGGAGAAUAAAAGAAUAACUUGGUGGGGAACAAAUGGAGAACAUUGUGAAUUAGCAGUAUGUCCAACAGCCAAAGGCAUAGAGGUUGAUGGUUGCCCAGUCAACUAAUGGAUGAAGCUCUUUCUAGAUGUAGAACUUACAGAAAAAAAUUAGCCACGAGUAGUGUGGUUAUAUAUGAGUUGUACAAAAUAUUACAAUUACCGGACAUUUUUAGGCGUUUCACCUGAUAUAGCUGAACCUUGUGGGAUUUAUGCCUCUUAA